AUGUCAUUCACUUCACCUAAAUUCACUUGUACAAGUCCUGUUAAUAUUGCCGUCAUCAAAUAUUGGGGAAAGGAAAAUGAAGCAGAACACAUUCCAUUAAAUUCAUCUCUCUCUGCUACUCUUAACCAAGAUGAUUUAAAGACUACUACCACUGUUCAAGCUAGUACUGAAUUUCCUUGUGAUGAAUUAAUUUUGAAUGGAAAGAAGGAAGAUGUUCAAGGAAGUAAACGUAUUCAAAGAGUUUUCCAAGAAAUUCGUAAAGCAGCUACAGCUAAAUGGUACACUGAACGUCCAAACAAGGAUCAAGAAAUUUAUGUUCAUAUUGAUUCUACCAAUAACUUCCCAACAGCAGCUGGUUUAGCAUCAAGUGCUUCUGGUUAUUGUUGUUUAGUUUUUGCUUUGGGUCAAUUAUUUGAAGUUAAAUCUGAUUUGAGUAUUAUUGCAAGAUUGGGAAGUGGUAGUGCUUGUAGAUCAUUGUACGGAGGAUAUGUUGCUUGGGAAAAGGGUCACGAUCAUGAAACAAGUAAGGCUAUUCAAGUUUUGGAUGAACAUGAUGAUUUCUCAAAGCAAACUAAUAUUGUUGUUUGUGUUGUUUCUGAUAGACAAAAACACACUCCAAGUACAUCAGGAAUGCAACAAUCUGUAAUUACUUCUAAAUUAUUGAAGGUUAGAGCUAGUGAAAUUGUUCCACAAAGAAUGAUUGAAAUGGAUAAGGCUUUGAAGACUAAAGAUUUUAAUCUUUUUGCUACAUUAACUAUGGAUGAUUCUGAUAAUAUGCACGCUUGUUGUGCUGAUACUGAACCAGCUAUUUAUUAUAUGAAUGAAACUUCUAACCAAAUUGUUCAAUUGGUUAAGGAUUUCAAUGCUUUCGAUGAUGGAAAUGGUGUUGAAAAUUUGAAGGUUGCUUAUACUUUUGAUGCUGGUCCAAAUGCUGUUCUCUUCUUCCCUAACAAGGAAGUUACUAACAAGUUUUUGGCUAUUUUACAUGCUUUCUUCCCACCAUCAAAUCAAGAACAAUUCUUCUCUAAGGAACCAUUCGUUACUGAAAUGAAGCAAUAUACUGAAAUGGUUGAAUCAUUCAAGAAGUCCACUUCUGUUAAGAUUGAUGCUGAUGGAUUGAGAUAUUUGAUCCACACAACUGUUGGUUAUGGUCCAAAGGUUGUUAGCAUUGAAUAAAUUUUAUUGACCUAUUUUUUAUUGU